UGUGCGUGUUCUCGAGCGUUAUGAAAUUGUGUUUUGUGAAGUUCUGUGUUGUGUUGUGUUAUGGUGCUGUGCGUGUGAUGUGAAUUUUAUGGGUGUGUUUGUGGUGCUAAGCGUGUGAUAUGUGCUAGUGCAACGCGUGUGAAAUCAUAAUGUGUUGUUCAAAGAAGAAGUUGGAUUUCAACUGUUCUCACAGCCUCACCACCUGUCGCCAGGACUUCCAAGACGUACGUGUGCGGGCUGCGUGCCUGGCGCUGCGUAUGUGUUGGUGGCCGCCGUGCCCUCCCGACCUCCCUACGGUGACACAGAGUACCCAUAGUGGAGGCAACGGAAUGUAAGACGAAAUCUGGAUAAAAAUGACGAGUGAACAGCAUGUCUGCAGACUCUCGAUACGUGCGCCUAUGAUACUAGGAAUUCAGGGCAAUCGGACAGAAG